UCCCACAGUUAGAGGAUGGUUUGUGUUGAAAGGGACCGGACCCUAAAGAUCAACCAGUUCCAAUACCCCUGUGUGAAGAAUGAUUUGCUGCAGACUAAACUCAAAUUUUUUGACUCACGUUGCUUAGGGCUGCAACAAACAACAAAUACUGUAGAGGAGCCACUUGAUCUCAUCAGACUCAGUCUAGAUGAGCGAAUCUAUGUCAAAAUGAGGAAUGACAGAGAGCUUAGAGGCAGAUUACAUGCGUAUGACCAGCACUUAAAUAUGAUUUUGGGUGAUGUGGAAGAAACUGUGACUACAAUAGAGAUUGAUGAAGAAACCUAUGAAGAGAUUUAUAAAUCUACCAAAAGGAAUAUUCCAAUGCUCUUUGUCAGAGGGGAUGGCGUUGUGCUUGUAGCUCCCCCCUUGAGGGUUGGUUGAAGCAACAAAGGACUUAACCUUCUUGGAAAGUUCCAGACUUUUGGACAGUGGUUCAUGUUUCAAUCAUGUCUCAAAAUUCUGUAUAUGUUUUUUAUAGGAUAUUUUUGUCAGUUCUUUUGAAAAGGGGAGGGAAGGGGAAACCAGUUUGUCCUGCAGAAAGUACAUGUAGUCAAUCGAAGCAGUGUAAAACCCAAGCUGAUCUCAGAAUUAAUGUAAACUGCUGUAAAUUGGCUGCCUUGUCACGUUCAAUGAAAUAAUCCUUAACUUUUCUAUCUUGGCAGUAGCACUGUCUUGUUUUUGUUUUAAAUAAACUUUGGUUUGUCUUUGAGA